GUAUUUGAUUAUCUUCUAUCUGAUUGGCUGUAAGAUUUCUGCUUCGUCCAAUGGCAGGAGAGGUUUCGUAAGGGAGAGAGAUUCAUUCUCGGAGGAAGACACUCACCCGUCAUUAAAUGUUUGACAGACGACGAAAGUGUGUAUAUGGAGUGUUGUGUUAAGUCCAGCAGUUUAUUGCAAUGGUUAAGCAGGGCAAGCUAUAAAUUUGGAAUGAGGAGACAUUAACAUUCAGCAUGUCUCUGAUACGCAUUCGUGGACGUACAAUCCUUUCACCUAUUCUGAGUGAAAGUGAACGCUUGGAGGCCCGAGCUUUAAGAGAGCAAGCCAUACAUUCCCAGCAACAACGACAGAAAGAUCACAGUCGCCAGAGUUCUCGUCAAGAUAGCCACAUUCCCGAAACAGAACGAAUCUCGAAUGAAGGCCGGACCUCCAGUGCCACACGAAGGUCUGUCCUAUCCACCCCGAAGAGUCAGCGUACCAAUGGAGGAACGUCAUCUUCGUCAGCACCAAGUAGCGGAGGAGAGGUUCUCACAGGCCCGGAAGAUUCCCCGAGUGCAGCCAAUGUGUCGGUUCAGACAGAAUCCUCUAUGUCACUUACUGCCAGCACGGACCUUCGUUCUUACCUCAACACCUCCCUUGACACCUCUCUUGACACCUCCACUAGUGCCUCCUUUAACACCAGGCAACAAUCGUCUUCAAUGGCACAAGUAGACGAAGCUCUUCUGCUGAGUGUCUCUCCUGAGGUUGCAACAGAUCUCAUCUUAGGUCGAGUUCAUCCAUCCACAAUAUUACACCAAUCAAAUAAGGAUAUACGGACUAUACAGGCAGACUCUCAGCGAACUGAUACUGCCAGUGCCACACUCACUCAGGAACAGCAGUCGGCAGAGAAACAGCAGGUUCCUGAGGCCCAUGACACAACUACUGCAUCAGUAAGUCUCAGUCUUGCCUCCUUUUCUGAAGAAGGAGGAGAUGGCUCUGAGGAAGGCCUGGAAGCAUCUGAAGAAAUAUUAGAAGUAUCUGAAGUAAUGGAUGGUUCAGAAGAAGACAGGGACUUGAGCUUGCCAAGCGAGGCCGAAUCAGACUGGCACAGAGACGAAACUGACGAUUCCCAUACGCAUUCUUCCCAGACCACAUCACAGAAGAGUGGCUCAGGCUCAAGCUUUGAUCUGCCAAGAGACCUUAGAGUCAGUGCACUGCGUGAGGGAAGGGAGUCCAGUAGGUCCAUGCAGAGAGAUUCUGGACGCAGUAGCAGUCACAGUGACUAUCUAGAUGACUACUUAGAACUUCUGACCAGCAGAUCUAGCAGCAGCCUUGGUCUUCAGUCAGCUGGAGUAUCUGUAGCUCCAAGCAAAAUGGUCGCCCCUGUCACUACUUCAUCUGCAACCCGGGGAGUCAUUACUACCAGUUCUACAGACCAUUCAGACCAAAGGAAGUCAUCCGUGCGUAGGGACAACAAUAAUACGAGGGAAAAAACAAGAAGCACGGAUAGUUCUGAGUCGUUUGGAAAUAAAGACGAAAGUGACUCUGGCAAAAGCAUGAAUAAAGAAGCACUUAAAGGAAAACUGAUAGAAGACUUGAAAAACGAUGGUUAGAGCAAGAAGAAAAGAAAGCAAGAGACAAAGAUUGGCCUAGAGAUAGA